GAAUGUGAGUGACGUAACAGAUGCGACGAGGCUCACGGGCGGCUCCUGAACGACUGGUGACAGAAGUUGAACAUUUUUAAUGUCGCCUUUUAACACUCGUGCUGUACCUUUGAGGUGUUGCUGUUAAGAGAGCGGGCCGUUCAAGAGCUUCAAUUAGGUGUCCGUUUGCUGCCGCAGGUGACAGUUUUGUCCAGCAAGUUGAAUGCAGAAGACUGUGGUGGUUAUAGGCGGUGGCAUCAGUGGACUGUCCACUUGCUACUAUCUUAGUAAAAACUCUCAGUCAUCCAAGAUUAUUUUACUUGAGGCUAACAAACGUCUUGGAGGAUGGAUGCAUACUAUCAGAAGAGAAGACGGAGCAGUCUUCGAACAGGGACCACGAGCUAUCCGCCCUGCUGGGGUCAUUGGAAGGAAUACUCUAAAAAUGGUUUCAGAAUUGGGGCUGGAAAAUGAAAUCCUCCCAGUUACUGCUGAGAAUCCUGCCUCUAGGAACAGAUUCCUUUUUGUCAAUGGGAAGCUGCAGAAACUGCCUUCUAGCCCUGUGGCAGCUUUGAAGGCCACCCCACCUUUCAGCAAGUCCAUCUUUCACAGCAUCCUGGAGGAGAUCUUCGUGAAGCGUGGGACCCUGGAUGAUGAGAGCGUGCAUGGCUUUGUGGAGCGACGCUUGGGGAAGGAGUUGGCUGACAUUGCAAUAGACAGCCUUUGCCGUGGAGUGUUUGCUGGAGACUGCCGGAAGCUUAGCAUGCGUUCCUGCUUUCCUCCGUUAUUCCAUGCUGAACGCAAACAUGGGUCCAUCACACUGGGAAUGGUGCUUGGAGCAAGAAUGAAAGAAGAAAGUGACGUGAAGCAAAACAGACUCGUCCAGCAGUCCCGGAAAGAACACUGGUCCCAGUGGUCACUGAAGCAGGGAUUGCAGACCCUAGCUGAGUCUCUGGAGGACCACCUCAGAAAUACGGACCGGGUAGAGAUACACCAAGAGGCUGCUGUUCAGCAGAUACAGAUGGGCAGAGAGGGUGCUUGGGAGGUUCACGUAGAAGGUGGCCGAUUCAAAGCAGAUUAUAUUGUUUCUGCAGUGCAGGCGAAAGUCCUGAGCUCAAUGCUACCUCCUGCUGCACAGCCCCUUGCAGAAGAACUUCAGAAAAUCUCACCAGCGUCUGUGGCUGUGGUCAACCUGGAGUACGAUGGACUCGUUCUGCCUGUUACAGGCUUUGGUCAUUUGAUACCAUCAACAGAAAACCGAGCUGUGCUGGGCAUUGUGUAUGACUCUGACGCUUUCCCCGAACACAACCGGAAAGGCCCUCCUAGCACCCGGCUAACGGUGAUGAUGGGAGGAGCCUGGUUUACAGAAGAGUUUGGCAGCCCAGAGGAGGCCGACCGGACACGGCUUUUACAUGUGGCAGUACAGGCAGUCAAGUCCCAUUUAAAUGUCAAGGAGAUGCCGUCGUGGAGCAAUGUUAACGUUCAUAAGGACUGCAUACCUCAGUACUUGGUGGGACACUGGAAGUGCCUUGACAAUAUCUGGAGUUUGAUCGAGCAGCACCGCCUGCCUCUCAGUCUCGUAGGAGCCUCGUAUGAAGGGGUGUCGGUAAACGACUGCAUCUUCGGUGGGAAGAGAGCAGCAGAGAGGCUGCUGGGAAACUGACUGCUCAGUUGAGCCUUGUUCAGGUCUGAGGUCCAGAGAACCCUUGGGAUGGGCCCACUCUCGAUUGGCACUUUGGGCUUUUCAUGGCUUGCUGCUUUGUCUUAGCUGGGCUUUGUUUGCUUGGGCAGUAAUGUAGGGGCCUUGGGAUCAAAACUAUUUUUGAAAUAAAAAUGUACCAAAGUGCUUACA